AUGGCAGUGCCCUUCGCAUCGCUUGCAGUGCACUACAGCAGGUGUGGACUGGAGAAGGUCUGGAGCACCCAGCUCCGCUGUGAGGGCAAAGAUGGCCCGGAGGAGGUCGCCAACGUUCGCCGGGCCAUGGCUGAAGCUAUAGGCAUCUCAGCUGGCAGCCUCAGCUUGCUUUGCUUGCAGCGGAAACCUGGCAGCCCACAGAGCACGCUGAAGCCUGUCUCGGGGCAAAGUCUAGUUGCAUUUUUGGAGCAGAACUGCCGGGAAGAUCACGGUGUUUUCCAGCUGCGCGCUGCUUUUGACAAUGCUACCAACGAGGAUUUCGUGCAGGUGCGCGUGGCCUGCCCCGGCACGGCCACUUCAAAGGCUGUCGCGAACAGUAGCGCGAGCCAGCCUCUGCCGAUCGUGAUAGAGCAGUUUGAACUUGCAGCCAGCGGCACGGUGACGACUCUGAAAGAGCUGAUCUCCAAAAGGACGAAGUUCCCCGUAGAUCAGACGGUGCUGUUGCUGGGCUGUAAGCGAUUACAUGACGAGCUUCCCAUGGGCCGCGUCGCUGCCGCAGCAGAGACGUCUGGAACUCCUCUGCAGCUGCAUUUGAGCGCAAAAGGAGCUUUGGCCUUCCUCAGGCGCGAGGGGCAAGGACACCGCGAGCAAAAUGGCCCGCACACACUCAGCCUUAUUCUGCCGGCAUCUGUGAAGGGCAGCCAGGAAAGGCCUAUGCCCUUUGAUCUCGAAUCCACUCUGAGUGAUCUGCGAUGGUCUGUGCAAAGCAUUUCCGGGAUCUCGCCGGCGCGCAUGAAGUUGUUUCUGGACGACGACAGAGACUUGUCGUUCGCACCGGAGUCCAGCACUUUAGAGGAGCUUGGCUUCGAGGAUGGCUGCAGUGUGCAUGUGCAUGAACCGGAUGCUCUGGCCGUCGCCGACUUCGACAUGCCAUUGGAUAUCCCAUCCAUGGGUCCUGCGAGCCUGCUUUACGAGACGGCAGCGGAAAAGCUCGGGCUCGGGGUGGCACAGCAAAGCAAGCUUGCAAUCUUUGCUGGGAGUCAGCUGGUCGAACGUAGUGCUGAUUUAUCUCAGGCGCUCAUCGCUGACGGAGUGAUCCUCUGUGCUUACAUGAACUGGCCCUUGCAUUUAUCCGUGUCCGUCCUAGACUCGAGCCUGCCAGGAACCCUGGAGGGCUUUCCAGGUUCCUUGGAAGUGCGAAGCUGCGAUUCCAUUGCGGACGUCCGCCGGAAGCUGGUGGCCCGCGCCGUGGAAGCGGAGGCGACGGCGCUUCUGGAAGGCAGCUUGGCCUUCGCGGUGGAGUGCUCCACGUGGGAGCGAGAGGGAGCGGGGUGCCGCACUCUCGCAUCGCUGGAGACUCUGUUGGGAGGAUUUGCGCCUGUGCCGGAGACGGCGCGUCUCUCCAGGCUCGGAAUGGCUGAUGGUGGCUGCCACCUCGUGUUUGUGCCCAAGAAGGUGAUAUCCGUGGAAGUUCUGGUCUGCCAUGGCGAGGAAGAGAAGGGCACCAGACAACUCAGGGUGCCAAGCACCACUCGACUUUCAGAGCUUUCAAAGAUUCUGAUAAGAAGUCUACGGCAAAGCAGCCUCCCUGAUUUUGCCCCAAGCGAAUUCGCCCACUGCUCCUGGACGCCCUCUUCGGAUCCAAAGUCUCGGGAUGGCCUGCAGCGGAGCGCCUCGCAGUCCUCCUUCGGCGGAGUGGCGGCGAUGCUGUCGAAGGUGAAGAGGAAGUCCUUCGGGAGCAGCCCGGGCCCGGGCUCUCCGCCCGAGAAGCGCCGCCGCGGAGCUGGCGACUCCAAGGACAUCGACGAGAGGCAGUUUGUGGGCGACCUGCAAGCCCAGCAUCCGACGUCCUCCAGAGCGCUCUGUCAGCAGUUCCUGUGCCCGAUCUCCAUGCAGAUCAUGCAGGAUCCCGUCAUUGUGACGGGAAGUGGCAACACUUACGAUCGCAAGUCGAUCGAAAGGCACUUCCAGCACUUCUACAGAGACCCGCUGAACAACACCGAGCUCAGAAGACCGGCGGACAGAAAGCUGGUUCCAAACAACCAGCUCCGCAGCCAAAUCCGUGAAGCCGAAAUUUCGCAAAUUCACUUGCGACUUACUGCACAUGUUAGUGAGCAGCGCAGCUUUUCCAGCGAUGCGCCGAUGGCCGAAUAUCUUCGCAAGGCCUCGCCGGGGCCGCCGGAAGCCGGCGCGCUCCCGGCGGAAGGGGAUGCUUCGAAGCUGUUUGAUGCAUAUUUCAGUCUAGAGGGCGGAGAUGAAUUUGAGGAGGCAGUCCUGGAUACAUAUGCCGGUUUGAGGCCUGUUGCGUUCCCUAUCGCACAGGAGCAGGACAGUGGCAUCUUGGCAAAAUGUGAUGACACUCGCGAGUGGUGGAAGUGGCCGGCGCAGACGGUCGUGCAGCCGCCUUUGUUGGCGAUUCACGAAGAGAGUGCUCCAAGGCACGAGGACAGGAUCUUUCUCAGAGACCGGAUCACUUCUCGGUAUCUGUCAAUCAUUGUCCAGCACGGCAGCGCAAUACAGUGCACCAUGACAGAGAAACCUGCAUCUCUGUUCGUGGUCCAUGCAGACAUGGCAGAAUACCAGGAAGCAUGGCUGGGUUUCGCACACGAAGGGUUGCCGGCAUUUGGCUGCUUCCUUGGCUACAACAACUUUUUUGAGAGCUGGUACGCCUCGCUGGGAGCAGGCUCUGAGCAUCCUCUUCCAUGCGAAGCCGAAGGCCUCCAAGCUCACAGCACCUUCAAGUGGCAUCCGGAUGCCACGCUAAGGCACUUAUCAAGUGGGCUGUGGCUGCUUGGGGAUCCGUUGACGGAUGCCGUGCUGCUCCAUGAAAACAGGCUGUUCCUGUUGUCUGAGCGGCUGUACAGAAUCGAAUUCGAUGCUUUCCUGAUCUGGACAAAGUUUUGUGGAUGGAUAGACAGGCUUCGAAAUGUGUUGCUGCAGACUUCACCCAUCUCUCGGCCUGCCAAGACGGCAGCCUUCGGCAAAGACUCGCCAUUCAUCCGGGGCUCUGCGCUGAAAGCAUUGAACGGCGACACUGGUGAAUAUGGUGUCCCAGCCAUCAAAAAGCUAAUGGAAGCUGUCGAUUCGUUCUUCCCAGAUCCAGAAAGGGAUGUGGACAAGCCCUUCCUCAUGGGCGUGGAGAGUGUGAUGAGCAUCACGGGGAAGGGCACGGUUGCCACAGGCAAAAUCGAGCGUGGCAUUGCGAAGACGGGUGACACGAUCGAGAUUGUCGGGGUCAAGGAUAAGACCGCGAAGGCCACCAUCUCUGGCAUAGAGAUGUUCCACAAAACACUGGAUGAGGGCCAGUCUGGCGAUCAGCCUGCUGCUCAGUCCGUCCACCGGUAG